GCGGGGACCAAGUGACCAGGCGGCGGCGGCGGCGGCUCUGCCGAGGUGACAAUGUGCUAGGAGCCCCGCUCCGUCUCCUGCGCCUCCUCGGCCUGGGCGCCCCCUGGCCGCGCUCGCCGAGCCUCGCGGCCGGUCGCCGCGCUAUGUGCGAGCGUCUCCGGGGCUGGCCGAGGCCGGGGCCGCCUUGCUCUGCUCUCCGAGAAGUGUGAAGAGAGGCGCGGGCGGGAGCCGGGGCUGCGAGCGGCGCGGGCUCCAGGUGAGCGCGGCUCUCGGCGCAUCUGGCCGCGGGCAGGCGAGGCUGGAUCGUGGCAGCAUCCUGAGCGCGGACCGCCGAGCUGUCACCGCGGGAUCGUUAGCCACCCAGACCAGAUGCGUUUUGUAGGAGUAUUUUGAAGAUGAAUGUUUUCAAAUUAUCUUGAAAUAGCCAAGCACCAUAUACAUGGGAUGCAUCCUGCUUUUGUCCUGGAGUUCACCUCUGUGGCUUAGAAUUGUCUCAGGAACAUUCGUCUUCAGUCUCUGUGUUAACUAGAAAUCAAUCAUGAGGAGAUUUGUCUACUGCAAGGUGGUUCUGGCUACGUCGCUGAUGUGGGUCCUUGUUGACGUCUUCUUACUCCUGUACUUCAGCGAGUGUAACAAAUGUGAUGACAAGAAGGAGAGAUCCCUGCUGCCUGCACUGAGGGCUGUUAUUUCAAGAAACCAAGAAGGUCCAGGAGAAAUGGGAAAGGCUGUGCUUAUUCCAAAAGAUGACCAAGAGAAAAUGAAAGAGUUGUUUAAAAUCAAUCAAUUUAACCUCAUGGCCAGUGACUUGAUUGCCCUUAACCGAAGUCUGCCAGAUGUGAGAUUAGAAGGAUGCAAGACGAAAGUCUACCCUGAUGAACUGCCAAACACAAGUGUAGUCAUUGUGUUCCAUAAUGAAGCUUGGAGCACUCUACUUAGAACUGUCUAUAGUGUUAUAAAUCGCUCUCCACACUACCUGCUCUCUGAGGUCAUCUUGGUCGAUGAUGCCAGUGAAAGAGAUUUUCUCAAGUUGACAUUAGAGAACUACGUGAAAACUUUAGAAGUGCCAGUAAAAAUUAUCAGGAUGGAAGAGCGCUCUGGGUUAAUACGUGCCCGUCUCCGUGGAGCAGCUGCUUCAAAAGGACAGGUCAUAACUUUUCUGGACGCACACUGUGAGUGCACCUUAGGAUGGCUGGAGCCCUUGCUGGCGAGAAUAAAGGAAGACAGAAAAACAGUUGUGUGCCCUAUUAUUGAUGUUAUUAGCGAUGAUACCUUCGAAUACAUGGCUGGGUCAGACAUGACUUAUGGUGGUUUUAACUGGAAGCUAAAUUUCCGAUGGUAUCCUGUUCCUCAAAGAGAAAUGGAUAGGAGAAAAGGAGACAGAACACUACCUGUCAGGACCCCUACUAUGGCUGGUGGCCUAUUUUCUAUUGACAGAAACUACUUUGAAGAGAUAGGAACUUACGAUGCAGGAAUGGAUAUCUGGGGUGGAGAGAAUCUUGAAAUGUCUUUUAGGAUCUGGCAAUGUGGAGGCUCUUUGGAGAUUGUGACUUGCUCUCAUGUCGGUCAUGUUUUUCGAAAGGCAACUCCAUAUACAUUCCCUGGUGGCACUGGCCAUGUUAUUAAUAAGAACAACAGAAGACUGGCAGAAGUUUGGAUGGACGAAUUUAAAGAUUUCUUCUACAUCAUAUCCCCAGGUGUUGUCAAAGUGGAUUAUGGAGAUGUGUCAGUCAGAAAAACACUAAGGGAAAAUCUGAAGUGUAAGCCUUUUUCUUGGUACCUAGAAAACAUCUAUCCGGACUCCCAGAUCCCAAGACGUUAUUACUCACUUGGUGAGAUAAGAAAUGUUGAAACCAAUCAAUGCUUAGACAACAUGGGCCGCAAAGAAAAUGAAAAAGUGGGUAUAUUCAACUGCCAUGGCAUGGGAGGUAACCAGGUGUUUUCUUACACUGCUGACAAAGAAAUUCGAACUGAUGACUUGUGCCUGGAUGUUUCAAGACUCAAUGGACCUGUAAUCAUGUUAAAAUGCCACCAUAUGAGAGGAAAUCAGCUAUGGGAAUAUGAUGCUGAGAGACUCACUUUGAGACAUGUUAACAGUAACCAAUGUCUUGACGAACCUUCUGAAGAAGACAAAAUGGUGCCUACCAUGCAGGACUGCAGUGGCAGCAGAUCUCAACAGUGGCUGCUGAGGAACAUGACCUUGGGGGCAUGAACACCGUUUCUCCCAAGACAUGAAAGUCUCUACACUUUUGUUUAUCCAUUGUUUCCAUUUGGUGAAAAUAUUAACUUUGCCGAAUUAAAAGUUUUAAAAAUACUUUUAGUAUUCUAAAACACAGUUGUUUAUAAUUCAUUUCUAGGAAUGUUUAUUUCCCUACUAAAAUUUGUAUCUGAUUGAAGAAGCACAUAAAAUAUAAGUAAUAGGAAACUGUUAUUAAAACUUCGAACUGUUUGGGAAAAAUAAACCUUACAUUUGCUUUUAAAAUGUCUUCAUUACCCUCUUGUCACAGGGUUACUUAGGGUUGGUUUAUUUUGUGUUGUAAUAAUGAUGGAAGGAGAGAUCAUGUAAUGCCUUAUACUAUAUAUUAAUUAUGAAAUAUCAUUGCUUUAUAAAAUAUUCUUUUUACAAAAGUUUCAUGGAACCAUGGUGAAUUUCUAUGCUAACAAUUGGGACAAAUACGAAAUCAUUCAUGGGCAUUGAAUUUAUCACACAAAAUGUUCAGACCAGGAAAAAAAUUAAAUUUGUAGAUUAUAAAAUAAUCAUACCAAAUAAAAUACUUAAUACAAUUUAAAUAAUAAAUUUAAGUCAAAUGAUGAAAAGAGUGAGUCAGACAUUAAGAAGGACAAGAACAAUAUAAACUCUAAGAGUUGCUGGGAGAAAAAUCUUCACUUCCAACUCAACCUGAGGACAGUCUUGCUCUGAGAGGUGGUGUCAGGAUCUGAAUCCCCAGCUGCCCUCUCUAUCUCCAUAUAAUAAGCUGUACAUUUGCCCUUCACUCUAGAACUGUAGUUGAAGGGUGACCUUUUAGAUUUCAAUUUUAAACAAUUAUUAAUUACUUUUAGUUCAGCCAGUGAUGUCAUUGGCACUUUGUAUUUUAUUAAAAAAAAAGUAUGGCACUAUCAUAAUUUAUUACUAUGCUAUAACAUCUAACAUUGAUCACCAGUAAACAAAAUUCAUUAAAUUGGUAUUGAUUAAACCACUAGACAUGAUUUGGCAUCAAGUAUGGGUCAGUAAUAAUUAGGACAAUUUCAUGUGUUAUUUCAAUGUUAAAACCCCUUGGUUCACAGUGAAUGAACCGAUGUUAGGAAAAACAAGAAAGAAAACAGAGAUGGGAUAUUAGUAAAUUCUUAUAUUUAAUGCCAUUUUAAGUGGCCAUAGAGUUGUUGUACAUGUAUGUUUGAUCUGUGUGUCUAGCAGCUGGAGAAACGGUAUUGGGAGUGGAAAUAGAAGAAGAUUCUUCAGAAGCAGUAAGCCUGUUCUUUUGACCUUUUAUUUUAAAUGAUCUAGAAAAAACAUUAAUUGGCUAACUACACCUCCUUUAUCUCUCCAUCUCUGAUCUUUAUCUCUGCCUUUGUCUCCUAUGUCUUUGUCUCCUAUGUCUUUGUCUCUCUGUCUCUCUGUCUCUCUGUCUCUCUGUCUCUCUGUCUCUCUGUCUCUCUCUCUCUCUCUCUCUCUCUCUCUCUCUCUCUCACACACACACACACACACACACACACACACACACACACAACUUUAGAAUGCAAAAGAUAACUUUUUCUCAAGACCUAAAAAUUUCCUAAUUUAUUUUCCUAGCUGGCUUCCCCUUUGACUCCACCCUGUUAGAAUUGUGAGAAAUUCUAACUAAAUGUUUUGGGUUUGCUGCUUAAAGCUCAAGCAUCCUUUACUCCAAAAACUUCAGGGAUUUAUUAGACUCCCAAAAUUUUAGACAAAAUAUUGAACAUCAGGGCUUUUAUUCCUGGGAUAGACAUAGUUCAUAUCAUAUCUAACAGGAAUCCAUGGCACUCAAGAGAUAAUCAACCUUAACCUGAUCAUGACCACUCAAGGCAACUGAAGCCUGACAUCAAUCCCAUAUUCAAUUUUUUACUCUCUCCUACAUUUUCUUCUUGUCCUGACUCAAAUAAUAUGAAAUCUCCCUAUAUAGUGUUUUUCUGAAAAAAAAUGUAGACUCGCAAGAGUUAUGUAGUAUGUUCCACUUAUGGCAAUCAAAACACAUAGAGUGGUCAGUGACAUUUUAAAAGAAUAUAAUUACUUAAUGGGAGCUGAAUUUGAAGCAUUUCAGUAGCAUUUUAUGUAAAUGAAAUUUUUUAUGGUCACGGUGAAAUACAUGAGAAGAACUCUCAAAGAGUCAUCAUGUGAUUUGGAUACAUGCCACAUAGUGCCUAAAAAGAAAAAAAUAAUAGGUGUGUGGGGAGACAGAAUCAUACACAUCGAAAUCAGAAAGAUUUAAGGUCUUCAAAAGUGUUUACCCUUAGUAAAGAAAAUUAAAGCCUUGAUUGGAAUCACAGUGAGUCUGUCACACACACACACACACACACACACACACACACACACACACACACACACUUGUACACACACACUUGCACACAUAGUUGAUCUGGGCUAGUAGAUUUUCUCAAUUAUUUCAGUGUACACAUUUCUCUGGGUUUUUCUCAUAAGAAUAAAUGCAAUUUUCACCUUCUAGAUACUCAAGUCAAAACUAGAAAGUUGAGAACUGAGGGAUCAUUCACAUAACUGGCAAAGUGCUUGCCCCGCCCCACAGCAUGAGGGCCUGAGACUGAUUCCAAGCACCCAUAUUUAAAAGAGCAAAUAACCACUAUAUGUGGUGGCAUGUGCUUUUAAUGCUAACAUUGGGGAGGUGAAGACCCGUGAAUUCCUUGAGUUUCCUGACCAGCCAGAUUAGCUUAAUUGACAAGCUCCAGGCCAAUGAGAGACUGUUCUUAAAAUCAAGUUAUGAUGUCUAUGAUUGACCUUUGACCUCCACACAUGUGCAUUCACACAAAUGCUUGUAUAUGCGUGCACACACUUAAGUACAUAUGUAAAAUAUGUAGUCACUUUUGACUUCUUUCUCUUUCAAACUUUUUAAGCCUAUCCUACCUGUGUUUUGCUGUCUGCAUGACACUGCCUGCAGCCAAAAUUAACUAGGAUUUGGCCCCCCCAAAAAAUUAAACUUGUUCAAAAUAUUUUUAGAUAGCCACACUUUUUUGAUAACUGACUGCAUUGUUAUCAAGUGUUGAUUUUGUAGAUGAAAACAUUGUGUUGCAUUGUCCAAAGGUUGGACAAAUUGAGUCUAACCAUCUAGAAAUUAACUUGAUGCUCUCUUUGGUAUAUAACCAAAAACCAGUAAUUUGUUACCACACCCACUAUAUGUUACUAUUUCUGACCUUUCAAAUCAUAAGCAGUAUGCAUAUAAGUAUGAUACCACAUUUUUGCCAAGUCUUACCCAAUGCUACAUGUUUCCUUAAUUACAACACUCACACAGACACUGCUAAGUAUGAAUUUUUAUAUUUCCCUGAACAUAAUCUUCCAAUUAAUUUUCAACUCAUUUCAUAGCUCUCAUGUCUCUAUAAGCAGACGAAUGCACUCCACAAACAUACGUGCACAUACUCUCUGCACAUGGAUCCACACGUGUAUAUGUGAACACGUAGAGACAUCUCUGUUUCUUAAUCUCUUACCAUCUUGCAUUUCAUAACACUGUUCUGGCUGCCAAGCAAGUUUCGGCAUUAGUGUUGGCUCUAUCUGUCCCGUAGAUGUCAUUCACUUCAUUUCUUUAGGUUUCUAUUCAAACAUUACCUAUUCAGUACAGCAAACUCUUGUCCUGUCUGCAAUUUUUAGCCUCUAUACCUCCGACCAAAAAUAAGACCACUCUUUUAUUUAUGUCAAUUACUGCCAAUCUCAUACUCCAACAAACACCUGGGAACACAAUUACAUUUAUUUAGGGUAGUUUUUUUUUUUUUUCAUUGCCAGGGCCACAUCUUUGUAAGGUUAGCACUCUCUCACAGAGCUACACACCCAGUUAUGUAAGUCCCUUUGAAGGCAGGGUCUAUAUCAGUUUCGUCUACUGGUUAUGUUCGGCUUCUCGUGUUAUCUUUUGGUAUAUACUAAGUACACUUCUUGAGCUAAUGAAAUUAAGAGUGUAUUGAAGUUGCUAAGCAGCACUGCAUCAUAUGUUUUCAUAUUUAAAACUCUAGAGUCCAGUAAUGUCUUUACAGAAAAAUUUUAGAGCUUUGUUUUCAAAUGUUAAUUUUUCCCUUAUAUCCUUCAUAUUAAAGUGUAGACUUUAUGUUGUCGUCUUUGUCAAAAUCUCCUGCCUUAUGGAAAUGAAAUUUGCCAUUUUAUUAAAAUGCUGCUGUAAGAUAGAAGUUGCUUCACUUAACUGAAAAUAACUAUAGUUUCAGUGUUUUGGUUGUGUUAGGUUGAUCACCGAAGGGCUAAGAUUUUGAGUUUUAGAAAAGGGAUAAGUACAUUCUUUUAAAAUCAUAUUUAUUUUCAUGUUUUGAUGAUGACUAUAUAAAGUUUAUUUUCCAUGUAAAAAUCUAAUAAUAAGAGAUAUUAUAGAAACCUUAAAACAUUAAAGAUGUUAUACCAUUAAUUUCUAUGUUUAUAGAUAAUAGAACUGAGCCAUGGAAAUACAGUGUAGUUUGCCCAAAGAUCAUAGAGUUUUAAACUAUGCUGCCAGGACUCCUAAAACUACUGCCAAAAUAUAUAUAUAAGGGCACAAUAAUGAAAAUAACUUAAUUUAAAACUCUCUUAUUAGUAACUGGAUUCUUUAGAAGUAUUUAAAUCUUACUGUUUUUUCAUACUUCCAUAAAAUUUGUCCAAUGAAAUAAGACCACAGGCAAUAGAAGAAGACCUGCAGCACAGUGAAGAUUUUCCUUGAAAGUAUGUUUACAGAAUUGUAGAACACCCUAGCAUCAGUAAGCCAAUGGUUUCAGGAACGCAGCAUCAAGCUUCUUCAGUAGUAACUGAUGGAACUCUGUCUCCUCUGUUUUCUUGCAAUUCCCUUCAAGGUAAAGUAAGGCUGACCUAGAGCUUGCACAGAGUCUUAAACCAUCUGUUCCCGUGAAUAUUGGGUGAGUUCUGUGUUUGCAGCUUUGCAGACUAUGGAGAAACCAGAAAAUAUUUCUAGGCUUCCCAGUGUCUUAUAAACAUAAUAUGUAAAUUUGAUUUCUCCUUAGUGCUUAGGAACAACCCAAUAAAUAAUAAAAAUAAAGGAGGGGGAAGUAAACUGCUUAAACUGCUAUGAUAAAAUAACAUAAUUGUUUUUUUAAUGAUUUUUUUUAAUUUAGUGAGAGGUUAAGAAUACAGUAGAAUUGCUUCAACAAACCAGAAUAUUGGCUUGCUCCCAUACAUAUUGUUACUCCAUUUGAGAAAUCAACAGACAUAGUCAUAGCCAUUGCAUUUUUAUCUCAUCUAUGAAUUUAAGCUCUAGUUUCAGAAGGUGAAAAUUUUCUAAAUUACAGGUAUAAUGUUCUGAACAAAUGUGAAAAAAAAAUUAAAGAGCUCAUCGAAUGUGAGUCGUUAUCCUGGAUAUGUUAUUUGUCCUAUUGAGAACUUCCAGGCUUGACUAAAUGUCCAGUUUGGCUGGGCAGCAGGAACUGCAUGUGUCAAGGCAGCUUGUGUCUCAGGAUGCAGUCACUAGCCACCAUUAUGUCAGAGAGGGAGUGGAAACACUCUGCAUUUCUUCUGUACAGCAUAGGCACGUCUGGUUUGACUGCACCAUGUUCAGAGUAUUAUCAAGUACAAAAUACUGUAUAAAGCUAAGGUGUUGGAUGACUCUAGCAAUGUGCUUUGACUAGUUGGUAUAGAAAUGUUUCCCAAUUUUUGUUUUAUAGUGUUUACUAAACUAUAAAGGAAAUUUUCAUUUAAUUUGCUUUUCAAAUCCCCCUGAGAAAGUAGUGAUUCCACAUGGUCUUUUGUCAAUAUAUUUAAGAUGAGGACCACUCUGUGAUAAUUGGGUCAUCAUUAUUUGCAGGAAUGCUUUACCGCCAUUGUUAAUGAGAGAGAAUGAAUCAUUCUCCUAUGUUGGGUGAAUUAGAAUGAAAAAAAAAUUAGAUACGUUUCCGCUUAAAAUGUUUCUGAAACAGAUGCUUCAAAACUGAAAUUUUCAUCCUGGUUUAAUGGUGAAGCUAAAAACUUAAAGACACUGCUGUUUGGUUCCUGGUAUACCUUCAGCUAAAAAUAGCACAAGGGAGAAACAGGAAUCCAGGGUCACAGAACUUCCAUUGAGAGGGGUGGGAACCUUCUGUUUUUAAAAUCAGUGUAGUCACAGCUAGAGAACGUAAUCUCAAAAAUGUUUAGACAUGUUCCACACAGUCUUUAACAUUUAUAAAAGUAGAUUGUGCAUAAAGAUUUAAACAUUUUAAAUGUUGUAAGCAUUACUAAAUGGUAUAAUUGUUCUUUUGCUGUAAAUUUAAAUAUUUAUACAUUUUUGUAGAAUUAAAGUAUGCCAAUUUAGUUUUC